ACCGUCGGCUUCGAUUAUUCUUAUCGCUAAUUAGCAAUCUAGUUUAUUAUAUAUAUUGAUGUAUAUAUAUAUUCAUUUAUCUGUGAGAUAAACGUUUGGAUAACGAGCCAUCAGCUAUGAAAAAGAGGCCACAAAAUGGAUUUUGAUUACAUCAUACAGCAUUUAAACUGUUCCUUACCUACUCAAUUUGACUACAGUAAUCUGAAUAAUUCUUUAGAUUUCUUACUCCGUGAAUCAUAUAAUGCAUUAGAAUUGAAUGACCGAGCAACUUCUCUAUCAAAAAUUGAAGAUGUUUUAGAAAAAAUAUGGGAAUAUCUACAUACAGGUUCAUGGGUUGAUGUUUCUGAAGGUAUGCGAAAAUUAUAUUCCCAUGCAAGUUUAUUUAAGACAAAACUGUUAUUACAAUCUUCAUAUGACGAAGAAGUCAUCAAAAAAGCAAUAAAAGCAAUUGAUAUGGGUCUUUUAAUGGGAAAUGAAUUUAGGGAAGAAUUAACUAAAGCAGCAACAUUUUUGUGUAAUGCUUUACAAACAAACUUAAAUGUGUUGGAACCUCAAGCAGUAAUUAACAAUAAAUGUCCAAGUAAUAAUGACAUUCUUCAUCAAAUAGGCAAAGAGAUUCCAAUAAUCAAUAUUCCAUCUUUAGAAACCUUUUUUAGAGAUUACUUUAAGCCAAAAUUACCUGUUAAAAUAACUGGUGGCAUGCUACAUUGGCCUGCUCUAGAUAAAUGGAACGAUUUAAAUUAUAUACUAAGAAUGGCAGGAUCAAGGACUGUACCAGUUGAAAUUGGUUCAUCUUAUGCCGAUGAAGAUUGGAGUCAAACAUUGAUAACUAUUGAAGAAUUUAUUAACAAUAGAGUUUUACAUCCCAAGGAUAAAACCACUUACCUGGCUCAACAUCAACUUUUUAAUCAAAUUCCAGAAUUAAAAGAUGAUAUUAGAAUACCAGAUUAUUGUCACUUGUCAGAAUCUGAUGACUCUGAACCAGAUAUUAAUGCAUGGUUUGGACCAAAAGGAACUAUUUCUCCUACUCACCAUGAUCCAAAAAACAAUUUUUUGGCUCAAGUUGUUGGUACAAAGGAUAUUAUUUUAUAUGAUCCCAAAUGGACCGAAUGUUUAUAUCCAUAUGAAGAAAAACUACUAAUGAACACUGCUCAAGUUGAUCCAAUUAAACCAGAUUUAAGCAAAUAUCCUAAAUUUUCCCUAGCAGAGGCUAAGCAUUGUACACUUCAUGAAGGGGAAAUGUUGUUUAUACCUGCUGGUUGGUGGCACAGAGUAGAAUCCCAGACAAUUAGUUUUUCUGUUAGUUUUUGGUGGAUGUAAUAUUUGUUUUAAAUUGUAAAUUAAAAUAAAUAAAUUAUGUUUUUU